CCGGCUUCCAUCUCCCACCCUUAGCGGGUACUCGUUUCCCGCCUGCUGUCCUCCAAGGGUCCCUGUCAGAGCCCCGGCCCCAUGGCUCUGCAGGCUUUGCAGAGUUCGGGGGUGGCCUUUCGCAAGAUCCUGUGUCACUUCCCCGAGGAGCUGAGCCUCGCUUUCGCCUACGGCUCGGGGGUGUACCGCCAGGCGGGGCCCAGCUCAGACCAGAAGAAUGCCAUGCUGGACUUCGUGUUCACAGUCGAUGACCCUGUUGCAUGGCAUUCAAAAAACCUGAAGAAAAAUUGGAACCAUUACUCGUUCCUAAAAGUUUUGGGGCCCAGGUUUAUCACCGCUGUCCAGAAUAACUACGGCGCCGGGGUUUACUACAACCCAUUGAUCAUGUGUGAUGGGAGGCUUAUCAAAUAUGGCAUUAUUAGCACUAGUGUUUUGAUUGAAGAUCUCCUCAACUGGAAUAACUUAUACAUUGCUGGGCGACUCCAAAAGCCGGUGAAAAUCGUAGCAAUGAAUGAGAAUGUCGCUCUCAGGUCAGCCCUGGAUAAAAAUCUGAAGAGUGCCGUGACUGCUGCUUUCCUCAUGCUCCCCGAAAGCUUUUCUGAGGAAGACCUGUUUAUAGAGAUUGCCAGACUCUCAUAUUCAGGUGACUUUCGGAUGGUGGUUGGAGAGGAUAAGGCAAAAGUGUUGAAUAUUGUGAAGCCCAACAUAGCCCACUUUCGUGAGCUCUACGGCAGCAUUCUACAGGAGAAUCCCCAAGUGGUGUAUAAAAUCCAGCAAGGCAGCCUGGAGAUCGACAAAAGCCCAGAAGGACAGUUCACUCAGCUAAUGACAUUGCCCAAAACCUUACAGCAACAAAUAAAUCAUAUUGUGGACCCGCCUGGAAAAAACAGAGAUGUGGAAGAAACUUUAUUACAAGUGGCUCAUGACCCCGACUGUGGAGACGUGGUGCGUCUAGGGCUCUCAGCAAUCGUGAGACCUUCCAGUAUGAGACAGAGCACCAAAGGCAUUUUCACUGCUGGCCUGAAGAAAUCAGUGAUUUAUAGUUCUCUAAAACUGCAUAAAAUGUGGAAAGGAUGGCUGAGAAAAACAUCCUGAUUUUGCUUGCUUUUAUCUAUGUUAUGUGUAGCUGAAUAAAAUGAUCCUUUUUGACAGAA